AUGCAUCAUAUAGGGAACCUGGCAUGGGACGCGACAGCUACUGCACAAGCAUCGCGAGGCAGUUGGGUCUCUCUCGACCUGCUCCUUCGGCCAAUUGCCGCGACCGAUGCUGGUUCAGGCUCGAACCCAGACAACGUCCUGGAAUUGAAUAAAGUUUGUUUUGAUGCGAAGGCCGUGGCAUCUACCCCAGCCUUUCAAUUUCUCAGGGAGUGUUUGGUACAGUCGAGCGGCGCUGUCGAAGCCGCUGUCGAACCCACAGAUCGCAAACCUGUGCUAGUGAAGCUUAUCCUACCCGCCGUCCGAGGCCAAAUUACCAGAACCGACAUUUUCCAAAUUCGUUUGGCGGAUCUGCCGCACAUCGCAUUGGUGCGAUCUUUUGCGCAGCCGCUGCAACAGUUUGAAGCGGUCGACAUUUCCACAGUAGAUGCCACACACUACCUUGAGACGCUCCUGGUCUCAGCGGCAGCCGGACUGCUGGUAUCAGCCCCCGAAGAUGCCCAAAGCAGCUACGAAUCUCUGUCCACCUCAAUAGAGCCACAGCUUACGAAUCGUCUAUCUUCACCAUGGCUUCUGGACUCGCCCCAACCCCGGCGCACGAUAGCUCUUGUACAUGCAGGCCACAUUCACCCGGAAGAGGGAGGAAACGCGGCUAUACUGCUUAAUGCAGCCAAAUGUCUUGGGAUUAAUGUUGUUGUCUUUGACGAAGCUGGGCACUGGCUUCAGGGGCCAGAAUAUGCACAUUUGCGAAUGGACUUUAUUCCAAUUGAGAUGCCGGAAUCAUCUGUGGUCGGAUUUGGCGACCAUCUUGUGCAAGUCUUUAACUCGUGCGGACACAAAAUUGACGGCGCAACGACCUACUGCGAGUGGUACAUGCCCGCCGUCGCUGAGGCCUGCCAAGCAUUGGGUCUCCCUACGAAUACUCCAGAAGCCUUCACUAUCGCGACAGACAAAUUCGAAACCAGCACGCUGGCCGGUCAUCUCACAUUUCGGGGCCAGACGCUCGAAGAUGCGCUCAAAUUUGUCAACACCACAGCGGUUUCCAGCAACCCUCAAAACCCUAGCCAUGCCACUGGCCCAUGGCCACUCAUUAUAAAGCCGUGCAAGGGCUGGAGUUCCGAAGGAGUUGAAAAAGUCAACAAUGAAACGCAGCUCGCUCGAGCGAUAGCAUCCAUCGACACCAGCCGUCACGGUGAUGAUUUUCUUCUGGAGCCCUACUGCAACGGGCCGGAAGUGGAUGUUAACAUCGUCUUUUGGGAAGGUGAGAUUGUCUUCUUCGAGGUCUGUGACGAUUUUCCCAAGCCUUCCGAUGACGCGAAAAGUCAAUGUGAAAGUUCUUGCAGCUUCCUGGAGCAGAACAGCAUCUACCCUUCCUCUCAUGCUCCAGGCGAAAUUGAUAUGCUGCAAAAAUCAUGCAGAGAUACACUGCGUCGCAUGGGCUUUCACAGCGGUGUAUUCCACACCGAACUCCGCAUUUCUAACUCUGGCUCUGAAUUCCGUCAGAACGCCGACGGCUGCGUUGAUUUGCUCCCUCGGCUUACCAGCCCAGACUCAACCAGUAGCAGCCCGGCGGCCUGGCUGCACGAAGUCAACCCUCGACCGCCAGGCAGCACGACCACUAAAAUUAUUGAAUCAACGUACGGUGUUGAAUAUUGGGGCCUUGCACUGCUGACGGCCCUCGGCGACGGCACCCGAAUCCGAGCUCUGGCUCAGCCCUACCUGGAUGGACCACAGUAUCACUGCGUGAUGGUAUUCAUCAGCAACGACUACGAUCAAACUCUGUACAAAGGGAUAUACGACUCAGAUGAUUUUUGUGCUGAUUUGUUGUCCCGUUACCCGCACUAUCGCCAGCAUCUGAGCAACUAUAUGUGUUUUCUGAAGAAAGGCGACCACGUCCCGCACCCCAGUACAGGCGAGAAUGUCUUCAUUGGAUAUUUAAAUGUGUACUCCAGACGAAGCAGAGUGCAUGCGCUUGAGCUUGCGGCAGAGGUUAGAAGCAAGCUUCGCAUCAAUUGGAAAUAG